CUAGCAGCUACUACGGGUAGUCUUGAAGAACAAACGGUUGCUGUCGACCAGAUGCGAUCAGAAUUCCAGGAAGCCAAAGCCCAUGCAGAAGACCUGGAGCGCAAAAACGAAGAGCUCGUUUCUUCUCUUGACGCCGCACAGAAGAACAAUGCGAUGUCCUCAGAGGACCUAGUGCAGCGACACAGCACUGAACUAGCGCAGUUGGAGCAACGACACGCGGCUUUGCUGGAGGAGGCGCACCAGAGUCAUGCCAUACGGAUUGCAGCGAGGGAGCAGGAGAUGGCGGAGACAUUUGCAAGUGAGAAAGCGCAUCUGGAGCAAUGUUGCAGAGCAGAGAGCGAACAGCUGACACAGAAUCUGUUAGAGGAGCAAAAGGCUGCGCACCAACAACACGCAGAACAGCUAAUGGAGCAGUACUCCCAGCUAAUGACGCAGCACUCCCAGCUAAUCGAGCAGCACUCUCAGUUAGUCGAGCAGCACUCUCAACGUAAGGCAACGCAGGAAGCAUCCUCGAGAACAUUAUCCUUGGCUUCCUUUUCCUCGAGUAGGAAAAGAGGCCAAGACGGAUGGCCUCAAGAAUGCUGAACACGCGGUAGUACUUCUAAUCAACAGCUGGGUGCACGC